AUGACAACCGGCGCAGCUCUCCCUAUUAUGAGAGGCGUGUGCUUAAGCAAGGUGGAGGGCAAUUAUCCAGGACAAACGAAAGCGGCGCUAUUCAGGACAAAGGAAAGCGGGCCAUCGAGAGCUGCUCGUCCGAGGCGGUGGGAUAUUGGGGAAAUCAACCAGGCGGUAUGGUCCGAGCGGGAUCUGUUCGUCCGAGAGCAAGGCCGCCGUUGGUGCACCGAUCUCGUCAAAUUGGGCUCUGCCUGCAAGGUGACCCUCUCUACUACGAGAGCUACUUGCUUAAGCAAGUUCGUCCCGCAGGUUUGGGAAGGAAAAAGCGAAAGCAAUCAUGAGACGGCAUGCUCUCGGGAGGCCAACGGAGGAUCUCGUGAGGACCUGUUUGCGGCGGGGAACCAGCCAACCCGGCCUAAGCAGAAGAUUAAGAAUACUCUCCCUACUACGAGAGGUGCUAGCUUAUGA